GAGAGAUAGACAGAAAGAAUAUUUUCUUGGCAGCCAAAGAAAGAAACAAAAGAAUAACGACAGAAAAGAAGAAAGAAGAGAAGCUCUUGACAUCUCCUGACCCGUGGCUGUUUGAGCUGUGUCCAGGACCAUGCUGGUUCCCAUCAACCUGAUCCUGCUGUUGGUGCUGCUGACGUUUCAACCCAGGACAGUCACGGGAGGUAGAGCACAGCGGAGACAGAGGCAAGCGGAGGACAUGUUAAAGCCAUACCUUGGCAGAGUGGAUCCAGAGACAUUGUGUGGCUUGCUGAAAUGCCACAGUCCAGUAGGAUCCUGGUGUCAGGUAGUGAAGAAGGGAGGAUAUCUCGUCCCAAAGUGUGUGUGUCCUCAGGCUUGUCCACGCCAGGGGGUGUCAGUGUGUAGUGUUUUGGGGAAGACCUACGGAAAUGAGUGUCUGCUGCAUAAAGAAGCCUGUCGGAAGAAACGUCGCAUUGGUCUUGCACACCCUGGACCUUGUAUGGUGCCCAAGGCUCAGUGCACGGACGAGGAGUUUGGUCAGUUUCCCUACCGGCUGCUGGACUGGUUCUUGCUGCUGAGCCGUAUGGGAGAGAGCUAUGACCCCCAAGCCCCCUCUCAGAGCUGUCUGAGCCACACAGCACGCAUCCAGCUUGCCCAGCGGAGGUUUGUCCUUCUGGACCGUAAUCAGGACGGGAAGCUGAGCCGGCGGGACCUGAAGAAGCUGUAUUAUAAGAGGAUGCCUUUGGAGCACUGUGCCAAGAGAUUCUUCCAAUCAUGUGACAAGAACAGGAACAGGAAGGUGACCCUGCGGGAGUGGACGUCAUGCCUGGUGAAGGGUUCCGAGAGCUGGUUCCACCGUUACAUGUCUAUGAAGAUGGGUUCUCGCAAAUUAUGUCCUACAACUGAGAGCAAUCUUUAAUUGUGACAGAUGAAAAACGGCAUCUUCAUGAAGCAUAAAACCAAGUCAACUGAGGUCAGUGUCUUCAUAGGAUCCCUGGUGUGUGAACAACCUGUCCGAGCACUGGGAGAAAUCAAUGACAGGGGACCUGCACCACACCACCCCCUGGUGGUCAAUCUGUUGUAAAAACAAACUGAGACUGGCUAAUUAUGCCAUUUGUUUUGUUAAAGCACACCAUACAUUCAUCUGUA